AAUAAUAGCCAAAGAGCUUUUUUUACACAAUAAAACUCUUCCCUCUCUUUUUUCCUGCAGAGUAUGAUGCCAAGAUGAGCUGUGCUCAGGCUGAACCAGAGCAGAGGCCUGCUAAUUCCAGUGACAACACUAGUGCCAGUACAAACGCCCAUCCCAAUGCUCUCACUAAGCCUAGCGUCUCUGGAAGCCCUAUACACAAUGCCAAUGCACCCACAAAUCCAAGCAAUACUUUUAACCCCAAUGCCUCAAACACCAGCGAUGAGAUGGAGUGCAAGAUCUGCUACCAGCGCUACAACAUUCAUAGCCGUAAGCCCAAGAUACUGGACUGCUUGCACCGCGUUUGUGCCCGCUGCCUUAACAAGAUCCUGGACAUUGGAGACAGCUCGGGCUGUAUCUGCUGUCCCUUCUGCCGGCACGAGACAAGAGUUAAUGACUAUGAAGUGGCAGCACUACCAGACGACUCAAACAUAAUGUCAUUCCUGGCGGUUCGGGACAAGUGCUGGAAUUCAGACCACAGCAAAGAGGUGGUACUGACACCCAAGAGCCUAUCGUCUAGUGAUAGUCCAUACCACGAUUCGUCUAACUGCCUGGUCAUCACUAUUAUGGAGGUCCAGAGAGAUGCACAGCAUUCAUCCAGUCGUAAUGGUAGCUCCGAUGACUAUGGGGAACACAGCCUGGACUCUAUAUCAGUGGCAUCAAAUGGUGGCACCAUGGACCAGGAUGCAUUCACUAAGUUUUGUAAUCACGUACCGCGGAUUCUUGUGUGGCUUCUGGGCUUUUUUUACUUUGGGUCCUUGCCACUUGGCAUAUACUUACUGGUGAUCCAAAGAGUUACUCUGGGCAUUGUAUGUGUUAGCCUUGUCCCCACUAGCCUUACUGUGUGUCUCAUGUACGGAUUCUGCCAGUGCCUUUGUCAAGGCAUGUGUGACUGCUCCAGCAGAAGCUGACUGGACACGACAAAAGUGUGUCUCAUAACGAUGAGUGUGAACAAACUAAUAACACAAGGACACUUUCAUAUAUGUGUUGAGGGCUGUUAAACUUAAUAUAUCGCAAUAUCGCAUGAGCAAGAGCGCUGUUGUACUGAAUAUCAGGUAAUUCCAACUGUGCUGAUAUACAACAGUACAACAGCAGGAUUGUGAGUGUAAUAUUGCUUUCAUAUAUCAGUUCUAUAAACAAGAAAUUAAUAUAUAGUAACUGACA